AUGAAUUUGGGCACACAGCAAGCAAAAGAAGUACGAGUGGGUCCUGGACCAAAAAGAGGAUCAUUUCCUUUGGAUCAUCUCCAUGAAUGUGAUAAAGCAGUGGAGGAGUAUUUUAAAUGUUUGCAAGACAAUGGUAAUUUUGCUUCCAAGUGUCGGAAAGAAGCCUCCGAUUAUUUGAAAUGCAGAGUGGAACAUAAACUCAUGUCAAAGGAAGACAUGCUUCAGGCAGACAUUCCAGAAACCAAUGAAAACACUCCUGAGUUAACAAUUGAACAAAUUAAACAAAUCAGAAAGGAACGACUUCAAAAAGAAGCCUUGAGAGGAAGAAUGGGACUUACAUCAGGAAGAACGGAAAAGCCAAACGGAUGA